CCUCUCUCUCUCUCUCUCUCUCCAUGUUACCCAGCUGCUCCAUCCGUCCCAUCCGCAAACCACGUGACCCAGUUCUCCAGUGUCCUUCAGCGGCUCAUUCAGCAUGAUGGCUGCGGAUGCUGCGGAUGCUCUCUGCAGCAUCCUGCAUCCGCGCCGGCUCUCCCUCCUCUUUCUUACCGUCACCAUCUCCUCCCUGCCGGCCAAGACAACGGCGCUGCUCGGCGUCCGGCCUGAAGACACCCAGAGCGGAGAACUGUCCGUGCAGGACGGGAUAUUGAGGGCUAUCGAGGGGACCCGUUUCAUGCUGAGGGUUUACUACUCCGCUUCUCCAGGUACCGAAAAUCCCAACAGCCUGAACAUCAGCGGCAGACCGGACGCAGCACCUGCCGCUCCGUGGAUCGCGUUUAUAGAGGAACCGGGUGGGGACAGUGGAGAUGCAGAAAGUCCGCUUCUGUCCAGGGGGAAUCCAUGCGAAGAGGAGAAUGCCCGGAGCUCAGACAUCGAGCUGCUGGGUUCCUUCAGAUCCACCUCAAGUCAUAACUCAGUCUUAGUGGAGCUGCUCGCCAAAGACCUGCGCAGAGACGAGGUGAUCAAAUACUACUCCAUGUGCGCGUUCGAUGGAGUGAAAUGGGAGCACUUGAGCACCAAAGACUUCUGGUUGGCGGUGGUGGAGAGACCUCCAGAGGCAGAUGCUUGGCUGCAGGCAGGAGUCUCUGUGCUCUUGUUGGGGCUGUCUGCUCUGUGCAGCGGGCUGAAUAUUAGCAUGCUGUCUCUGGACCCGGUCGAGUUGCGGGUCCUGCAGAACAGCGGCACAGAGAAAGAACAGAAAUAUGCGCGAAAAAUAGAGUCAGUGCGUAAACAUGGCAACUACAUCCUUUGCACUGUGGUGCUGGGUAACGUGCUUACAAACACGUGUUUUGUGGUGUGGAUGUGCCAGAUCUUAGGAAUGACCGCUCUCUCCACUGCCUCAUGCACUUUGGGGAUAUUUUUUAUUGGCGAGAUUUUACCUCACUCGGUGGCAUCCAGGCACAGUCUCGCCAUCGCAUCCAAGACCCUGUGCGCGACCCGCCUGUUGAUGCUGAUAUUUUUCCCCAUCGCCUACCCGGUCUCCAAGAUUCUGGACAUUAUGCUGCACCAAGAGAUCAGCAACUUUUACACGAGGGAGAAACUGGUGGCCAUGCUGCGUGUCACAGACCCCUACCACGAUCUGGUCAAAGAGGAGCUCAACAUUAUCCAGGGAGCCCUGGAGCUUAGGACCAAGACCGUAGAGGAUGUGCUGACACCGCUGUCAGACUGUUACAUGCUGUCCUCAGAUGCUGUGCUGGACUUCUGCACCAUGUCGGAUGUGAUGCAGAGCGGUUUCACACGCAUCCCUGUUUAUGAGAACGAAAGGUCCAACAUUGUAGACAUCCUUUUUGUCAAAGAUUUAGCCUUUGUGGAUCCUGACGAUUGCACUCCUUUGAAAACAAUUACUCAGUUUUACAAGCAUCCCAUGCACUGCGUCUUCAGUGACACCAAGCUGGACGUGAUGCUGGAGGAAUUUAAGAGAGGAAAGUCCCACCUCGCAGUGGUGCAGCGGGUGAACAGCGAAGGCGAGGGAGACCCCUUCUAUGAAGUGAUGGGCAUCGUCACCCUUGAGGACGUUAUAGAGGAGAUCAUCAAGUCUGAGAUUGUGGAUGAGACAGAUCUGUACACUGAUAAUCGCACAAAAAGGCGCGUGUCCAACCAUGAAAGGAAACAGCAGGACUUCUCUAUCUUCAAAGUGGCAGAAAAUGAGCUGAAGGUGAAGAUCUCGGCCCAACUGUUGCUUGCAACACACCGCUUUUUGGCUACAGAGGUGGAGCCCUUCAGGCCGUGUCACCUGUCAGAAAAGAUCUUGCUGCGGCUGAUCAAACAUCCCAGCGUUGUGCAGGAACUAAAGUUCGACCCCAAGAACAAGCACGCUCCUCAACACUACCUCUUCCAGAGAAACAAACCUGUUGACUACUUCAUCCUGAUCCUGCAGGGACGGGUGGAGGUGGAGAUAGGAAAAGAGGCUCUUCGGUUUGAAAACGGAGCAUUUUCCUACUAUGGCAUGCCAGCGCUCAUCCCACCACUGCCUAUUGGUCAGAGGUAUAGCUCCCGGGCCAGCAGCCUGAACCAGUCGGAUUCAUUACUGAGCGGAGGCAGUGUGGGUCAGCUCACUGCAGGUGGAGGGGUCUAUUUACCCGACUACUCAGUCCGGCAGCUCGCAGACCUGCAGAUCAUCAAGAUCACUAGAAACCACUACCACAACGCCCUAACGGCCACCAGGAUGGACAGCAGCCCACAGACACCAGAAGCGGUGGACCCUGAUGGCAAAGGGAGGCCUCCGGUCCCAGAGGCCCGCUCACACAGCAUUGCCCUCCCCCUCACGCACACACACACUCGACUGGGACUGGCACGCCUUGCACAUCUCCAUCCCCAUGGUGGCCUUCGCAGCACCUCGCAGCUCAAUGAAAGAAACCGUAUUGUUCGCAGUAAAUCCGAUGGGCAGAGAAGUCCAAAUGAUACCGUGUUCCUUCGCAUGGAUGAGAUUCCCUAUAUCCAUGAGGACCGGCCAGAAAGUCAUGGAGAGGAUGAGUCUCAGCCAUCCACCUCUCCCUUCAUAAGCUCUUUGUCUCUGUCCAGCUCUGAGGAGAACAUUGGCAAGAAGCUAUUGCGUAAAUUGAGUAACAAGAGGAGGAAAAAGUCUCGGGAUGGAGAAAACAGUUUGGAGGAAGGUUCAGAGCAACAGCCAGUGACGAGCUAGCACAGUGGCAUGUAGGAAGAGAGAUGACGCACACAUCCUCUUCCUCUUUAUCAUUCACAAGAUUAACUACAUUAACUACAAACUCUUCGUAUACCCCCUUCAACUCUCAGGAUACUGAGCCAUCUUAUCUGCUGUAGCCAUCAGAAAUACUCAGGUCCCACCCUGGCCCACUUGAUGUAUAAAGCAUGAUUGGACGGAUCUAAACAGUAGUAUUUGAGUUAUCCAGCUUUGCACCAGUGCAUCUUUUGUAGUUACUGGCACAUCCUUCUUUUAUUUGUUAGCUCUAUCCACAAGGUUAACAUUUAUUCAUAACAUUUAAACUGUAACUUGUUUUUGAAUUUUGUCACUAUAAACCCAACGAGGGCCUUAGAUAGUAUCUGAGCCAGCUGAUACACUGAUAUUUAUUAUUGAGUUGUCAUGUUAACAAGGCAGUUUCCACAUACUGUACUGAAACCACUGUUUGCACAGGGAACUGUCCUAAUGUUGCCAUAAGGCUGCCACCUACUGCCACACAACCCAACACACACUAACCAGUGGCAGAAAUAGAAAGCCAAACAAUAAGAGCACAACUUUUUUUUAAGAGAAACAUUGUAACUAUAUACCUAUAUUUAAAAAAAAAAAGCCACCAAUUAAUCCUCAGCUUGAAAGACUACUUGUUGUAUUCAGUGACUCAGUAACGUUAGAGGGUUAUAGUCAUAUACCCGAGUUUUUAUAUGGAAGUGUGAGGAAAGUAAUUUAAAGAUAGCAAUAUCAAGUCCUCCUAAAUACUGUAAAUCGCUUGGACUUAUCACUGCACUCCACGUUCAUUCAUAAAAUUCAUAAAUGUAGCUGUACAGACACACCUUACGUGUUUCUAUCAAGCAACCACCAUUCCACCUUUUUCCCUCGGUGUCUUCAUAUUUUAGAUAAACAGUCAUUAAUCUGUUGUUUGAUUGCAUUCAGUAGAACACAUUGUCUUUUGUGCAUUUCAUAGGGAGCAUAGAAAGCUGUCUAUGUAUAGUUCAUUUCGCACAGGGUCACUCACUAAAGCUGCACACACCAAUUAAAAAUAAGCUAGGGGUUUAUGGGAUUUGGAUCUUUGGGUUUGGGGAUCCAGAUGAACAUUAGGGGCAUUACUGAAGAAGAAGUUGCUACUUGCAUGUUUCUCUGUGCUGCUUUUACUAUAGAAUUACCCCCUGCUUUUCCAUAUGCAUGACUACGAUGCAUGACUAGGCUGCAGUACGUUCUCAGUGCUGAGGCGCUGUUUGACUUUCCUGAAUCCUAAGUAGAUUUUAAGAUGGCUUACACAUAGGCAGCAGACAUCGGGUUUUAAUUGCUAAAGUUGAAAAGAAUCAGCAAAUGCUGCCAGCUAAUGGAGAAGCACAAAACAAGGCUGCAGACUUCAUCGAAGGUUCCGCUUUAACAGCUACUAAUGAUGUACACGGGGAUUGGGGAAUUCAGAGGAAGCACGAGAAGGCUUCUCAAGAAGGAACAUUUUAAUAAGAAACAGGAAAUAAUCUCCUACUGCAAUAGUAAACAAAUUGAUUCUAUUUAAAUUGGGAGUUAGUCCCCCAGUGGACUACGCUGAUCUCUUUUCUUGAAAUCUUGAACCUGAACAGAGGGAGAUUUGCCUGACGAAAGCAAUAUGACAUACACUGACGUCAAGCCACCGCCUCUUUUCAAAUGCACACAAAGGUGGUGUUCUGGUACGCUCAGUGAUUUAAUUCAAUCUGCCUGGUAAGGCUAAGUACAAAGGUUAUUGCACUGCUAAGGUUUUUACAAUGACCCCGCUGUACCAAACACGUGGGGGGAGUGUGUUUUGAUCCGUUGACUCUAAGUGUAAAUCUGGAACUUUAAGGGCGAGGCUUUUACAGAAUUUGCAGUUGGUUUUCACCUCUUUAUAUUUGUAAGGAUUGAUGUAGUGUUUGUUUGGGGUAAACUAACAAAGAUACAUUUUGUAAUGCAAAAUUCAGAAGAAUAUAUUAGCAACCCAGAGAUAUCAAGAAAUGGAUCAAUCAUUCUACACAAGGGUAAAUUAAUUUAUUAAUAAAUCUACUGGAGUA